CGGUUGCGCAUAACAAUGCGCAGAAAGCUCCGACUGUAUGCAAAUGUAAUGUUGUGAACGCCAUCUUUGAGACUUAGCAUAGCGGGACUAUCGAGUUCAAUCCUAAACUAUUCGUGCCAUCGAAGGCACAGUAACGGGAUUUUGAUAAUUCGUGAGCCUAAAGAUGGCCACAACGGAAAACAAGAUGUCUACGACAGAGAGAAUUAUCAAAAGCGUACCUUUUCCACCCAGUCAUAGAGUUAGUAUGAGUGAGGCAUUUGAUGCUAAAGGAAAACCAAGACCAGAUAUAUUGAAGCAACAUUUUAUAUUAGAAGGUAGAGUAACUGAGGAUGUGGCUUUGCGCAUCAUUAAUGAAGGUGCAGCUCUCUUGCGUCAGGAAAAGACAAUGAUAGAUAUUGAAGCUCCUGUUACUGUGUGUGGUGACAUACAUGGCCAAUUUUUUGAUUUAAUGAAACUGUUUGAAGUUGGUGGACCACCAGCUUCAACCCGUUACCUCUUCCUUGGAGACUAUGUAGACCGAGGAUAUUUUAGCAUAGAGUGUGUUCUUUACUUGUGGGCUUUAAAAAUUUUGUACCCAACAACAUUCUUCCUGUUACGUGGCAAUCAUGAAUGUAGACAUCUUACAGAGUAUUUCACAUUUAAACAAGAAUGUAAAAUCAAAUAUACAGAAAGAGUUUAUGAUGCUUGCAUGGAAGCCUUUGACUGUUUACCCCUCUCAGCUUUGAUGAACCAACAGUUUUUAUGUGUACAUGGUGGACUGUCUCCUGAAAUUCAUACUUUAGAUGAUAUUAGAAAGCUGGAUAGAUUUAAAGAACCCCCCGCAUUUGGUCCCAUGUGUGACUUGUUGUGGUCAGACCCUCUAGAAGACUUUGGGAAUGAAAAAUCUUCAGAACACUUUACGCACAACACUGUCAGAGGUUGCUCAUAUUUCUACAGCUAUGCAGCAUGUUGUGAUUUCUUGCAACAGAACAAUUUAUUGUCUAUAAUACGAGCACAUGAAGCACAAGAUGCAGGGUAUAGAAUGUAUAGGAAAAGUCAAACAACUGGUUUUCCAUCAUUGAUAACAAUAUUUUCUGCACCUAACUAUCUAGAUGUUUACAACAACAAAGCUGCUAUUCUGAAAUAUGAAAAUAACGUCAUGAAUAUUAGACAGUUCAAUUGCUCCCCACAUCCUUACUGGUUACCAAAUUUUAUGGAUGUCUUUACGUGGUCUUUACCUUUCGUUGGUGAAAAGGUGACAGAAAUGUUAGUAAAUAUACUAAAUAUUUGUUCUGAUGAUGAGCUAGUUGCCGAAGGUGAAGCAGAUUCAAUGGAAGGUGACGGUGCAAACAAGAGCAAAUCUCAGGCAAAUUUUGACCUUAUAGCUGCAAGAAAAGAGGUUAUCCGCAACAAGAUUAGAGCUAUAGGAAAAAUGGCUAGAGUUUUCACUGUGUUAAGAGAAGAGAGUGAAAGUGUGCUACAGCUAAAAGGUCUUACACCAAAUGGACUACUACCUCUGGGAGCACUCUCUGGUGGUAAAGAUACUCUUAGUAGUGCACUGAGUGGAUUUUCUCCAAAUCAUAAAAUCAGUGGCUUUGAAGAAGCUAAAUGUUUGGACAAAAUGAAUGAGAGAAUGCCCCCUAGGAAAGAUGCUAUGAGUUCUAACAAUAAGGAACAUUCAAAAUCCUAACUAGGAAAGACGACGCAAACUUUUCUAAUGAUUAUUAUUGUCACAUUAAAAUCAUUUUCAUUUUGAUAUAUGAAUGAAUGACUGGCUGAAAUUUUGAUAUUGUUUAGGUAAAAGUGUUGGGUGUUGACUGAAAUAAAUAUUAGUAGAAUUUACCUUCAGAUAUAUUAGAUAAUUUUUUUUUAUACUAGAUAAAUUAAUAAAGGCUGUGUGGUGUAUAACAGAUAUUUUAUCUCUAUUUAACAAAAUCUUUAACACAAAAUACCAAAAAUUAUAUUGAUGUGUUUAAGGGCACUAAGGUUUGAAGCUAAUAUUCUUCAAUUGUGAAAUGUUCAUUGCUGUUGUACACAUUUUCAAUCAGAGGCUUCAGUUUUGUUUUAAAGUAUCAAGUCUUUUGAAAGUUAAAAUAAUAUUCUGUUUGUAAAGGUAUUUGUAAGUUUUAAAGAUAUGUUGUUUUUCUUUUGUUUUUAUUUUAUUAAAGGCUUUGUUGUGCCAUAAAUAAUAUUUUAAAGUCUUUAACAUUUUGAUUUCAGAGAAAAAAAUUUAUGUUGUAUUUUGUUUAUAAACCACAAUUCUUGUUGUAUAUCUGGGGGUUAAAUAUUGAAUUAAUAUUUAUGUACCCAAAUUUUCUUUUUAAAAAAAAUUUCAAAAUUUGUUUUUCUAAAUUACUAGACUGUCAUAUUAUUUUAAUUAAAGCAUUAGCACUAAAUGGACUUUAAAAAUAUCAGUGGCUGUGAAUGCACAAAAGUAUUUUUUUUUGUAUGUUGAACUUUUUUUAAAAAAUAGAAACAUGACAUUUUUACAUUAAAAUUUGUUAUCUGUUGUUUAAACAGAAAUUAGUCUUGAUAUUUCCCCUUUUGUAAAAGAUGUAAAUAAGUUAUCAUGCUUGUGGAAGCCAUUAGGACAACUAUUCAAUUGGAUCUUCUAAGUCUCACAAAUGUGUAAUAUACCUUUGAUGUCAUUCUUAUAACACCCUUUUUACUUAUCCUUUAUUUAUUUAAUGAUUCUGUAAGUGUUAAAUUAAAAUUCUUCAACUUUUUUAAAUCUUGGGGGCAUGAGAAUUAAUUGUUACCUUAAUUACUUCCCUCCAAUCAGUUAAGUAUCAUUAAAAACAACAUUUAACACAUUUCAAAGACUUUGUUACAUAUAAUAUACAUAUAUUUAUUUUUCCUUUAAUGAGAUGUUUUGAAACAUUUUUGCUUGAUUGCAUUUGUAUUUUUAUGGUGCUUUUUAUUUGUAUAAUUUGGUGCUUGUGUUAAAUAUGAAUGUUUUUUUUAACACUUUGAAAUGAAUGGUUAAGUGGAUUUAUUCUAACAACCCUUUAGAUGUGAUUUGCUAGAAAGUGUCUCUUUGUUUUAGAACUGAACUUUUUGAAGGCUGUUUAUGUAAUGGUUGAGCAGUCAAGUCAUUCUGAUGUGAUAUUUUGAGUUUCCCCUCUUUUUCAAAUUAUGCACUCCUGUUGUCUCUCCUCACCUGUCCACGUGUAAGAUAUUUAUAUCAAAACAUAAGAGAGAGAACAUUGGUUUUAUGUAUGGUCAAGUUUUCUUAUUACACAAAUGCUUUUUUUUUUUUUUUUUCAUGUUGCAAUCUUAAAGAAUUGCUAAUGCAUAAUCUUUGAUAGUGUCUACAAUUGUGAUAUACCUCAUGUCGUGGUUUUAUUUUCUUUCUUUCAUCCUACUUUUGAGUCACCUUCUCAACACUGGGCAGACACAUUGAAAUUCUUUUUUCCCUACCUUCUUGUCUACAUGUACACUGCCUGCCCCUGUACUUUUAUCCUUAUUUAUUUUACUCGAUACAACCCUUAAUUUAUGUUGCAUAUAUUUAUAUAUUCAUGGCAGUAUAUGCUUCUUUAAAUAUGUCAAAACUUUAUAUUUUAAAUUUAUGUGUUUUAUAAUUUUGAGCAUUUUCUUAAAAUUUCCCAACACUGAAGCAUAAAAGUAAUUUUAAUAAAUACAUUUUCUAAUAAUUCAUCUUUGUUUACAUCAGUUUCUGCUAAUGAGAAUUUUUUUUGUUACUAUACAAAUAUUUAUAUCAAGAUUGGUGUACAUGUUCCUAUUUGAAGCCACUAAAAUGAAUUUUUUAUUCUUGUAACUCUAUACCAAGAGCAGUGAUAUGAAAUAGUUGCAGAAUGUUAUCACAGCUAGUACUAGUAGUAGCAGAGAUUUGUUUUAGAAUCUGUCAUAAAAGCAAAUGUUAACUGGUUCAUCCAUAUUAGUCAACAAGUUGAACCACAGAUGAAAUCAUAUCAGGCUUUUGUUCAUCUUUAUUACUUUUGACUUAUUUGUAGACCACAAACAUAGGAAUAUGCACCCUGUGCUGAAAGCUAUUUUAAUUGGGCUGCUUAAAACUCAUUAUUGUAUGUGGAUUAAGAAAUAGAUUGAGUAUCAUGAAACAUAGUUGAGUUUGGGGGAGGAUGGACAUAACCUAGGUUAGUCGAAUAAAUAAUUCAAAUAGAAUUGUGAAUUGCUACAUUGCUUUUCUCCACCCUGUUAAGGACAGUUGACAAAUUGUUGACUAGUUCUAAAUAUGAGUGCAAUUAAUCUACUCUGUGGUAUUUAUUUCAAUUGGUAUAUUACAUUCCCUUUUUUCCUAUGUUUAUUUUGAUAUGAGCAAUUAAGAGAAAAAUGAAUGACUUAAGUGAAAUUGUGAAUGCACAACUGAAGAUACUAUUGUUUGAGUUGUGUUGAGCACACUGGGAAGAGCAGGCUAACCUAAUUAUGAUGUACUAUUCCAUGCUUGACCUUGACAGUUUAGUCAGUAUUUCUACAACUGAAGAGUAUUGACCUCUCUGAUGAUGAUUGUAAUCAGUGAGUUUACUAAGAGUGUUUCCUAGUUUUCUUCAAGUGCACAUUUGUUUGAUUUGACUUGAAUGUUUCCACUCCUAUGUUAUGUAUGGCUACAUUUAUUCAUGGUAGACUGAUACAUCAACUGUGAUAAAUAAAUGAAACAGAAGCAAAGGAAACUAAAGAACACAGCCAUAUAACUGAGCUAAAUUUGUUCCAUCUGUACCUAGGGUGUUUGUUGAUUUAGUACCAUGUAGAACAUAACAUUUAUUGGAGCUGGUAAAUAUAAGACAGCUUCCACUCCAUUCAAGUCUUUCUUAUCCAUAAGAAACACCUGUAUGCUAGAGAGAAUGAAUGUCCCCCAAGCUAUUUUCUCAAGUCAACAAACCAUGGAAGCACCUGCUUUAUGUACAGAUUUAUUGUAGUUAAUGCACCACAAUGUAAUAUUGGCCUUGUAUAGUUUUUUUUUUUUUCUCUCAAUAAUUGUUACAUAAAUUUUGACUUUUCCAUCAAUUUGUCAAUUGUCAACAUUGUUGUAUUUCAUGCAUGUAUCCAUAAUUGUACAUUUUGUGUUAACAAAAAAUUUAUUAAAAUCACAUUUCUUUUG